AUGUACCGCGAAGACCGUGGAGAAGGUUCGCUAGACGUAGUCGACGACGACUCGGCGUUUUUGCUGCAGCAGAGCAGCGUAUGGCAUAAGCAACGUCAUUUGUCGGUUUUCGAACCGCUGUGGCGUUCGACACGCGGUGGUGAGACGGCGACGGUCGGCAGACGACGGUCAGUCAUCCGUCCAGCUCCAGCUCUGCCAUCUGGCGACCAGCAGCCAUGGACCGACCGGACCGACGCCGCGGCGUUCGCCUCCGUCUUGGCUGCGUCGUGUUAA